UCCAAAUGUCUCAGCAGGGAGUUCUACUGGACCAAGACCAGUUCUGUUGUUCUAUCUGUCUGGAACUACUGAAGGAACCAGUCACCAUCCCCUGUGGACACAGUUACUGUAGGAGUUGUAUUGAGGGCUACUGGGAUCAGGAUGAUCUGAAAGGGGUCUAUAGCUGUCCCCAGUGCAGACAGACCUUCACUCCAAGGCCAAUUCUGAGGAAAAAUAACAUGUUGGCUGAGGUGGUGGAGAAACUGAAGACAGGACUCCAGACAGUUUCUCCUGCUCUGUGCUCGGCUGAACCUGAAGAUGUGGUGUGUGAUUUCUGUACUGGGGAUAGAAAACAGAAAGCCCUCAUGUCCUGUCUGGUGUGUUUGGCUUCUUACUGUGAGACUCACCUCCAAUCUCACUAUGAAGUAGCUCCUUUAAAGAAACACAAGCUGAUCAAAGCCACCGCACAACUACAGGAGAAGAUCUGCUCUCAUCAUAACAAACUGCUGGAGGUUUUCUGUCGUACUGAUCAGCAGUGUAUCUGUUAUCAGUGUGUGAUGGAUGAACAUAAAGGCCAUGAUACAGUGUCAGCUACAACAGAGAGGACUGAGAAACAGAGUCAGCUGAUGAUCAGUCAGCAGAAGGUCCAUCAGAGAGACCAGGAGAGAGAGAAGGAGGUGAAGGAGGUCCAACAAGCUAUGGAUUCCCUCAAGCUCUCUGCACAGACAGCAGUGGAGAACAUUGAGAAGGUCUUUACUGAGCUGAUCCGUUCCCAAAAAAAACUCUCUGAGGUGAAGGAGUUGAUCAGAGCCCAAGAGAAGACUCAAGUGAGUGAAGCUGAAGGACACCUGGAGAAACUGAAGCAGGAGAUAGAUGAGCUGAAGAAGAGAAGCACUGAGCUGGAGCAGAUCUCAAACACAGAAGAUCACAUCCAGUUCCUCCAGAGUUACAAGUCUCUCUCCAGUACCAGUGUAUCUUCAGACUUACCCAGCAUUACUGUUCAACCUCUUCUGUACUUUGGAGAUGUGAGUAAGACUGUCUCUGAUCUGAGAGAGAAACUAGAAGACUUCCUAAAAGGAGAAUCAACCAAGAUCUCCACUACAGAUGUGCGAAACAAGGUGGGUUCAAGAAUCGGUGAGAAAAACCAAAGAACCUGCAGGAUCAGGAAAGAUAAUAUAGUGGAUGUUUUAUUGCCUCCAGAGCCCAAGACCAGAGAACAGUUCUUACAAUAUUCCUGUCAGCUCACACUGGACCCAAACACAUUACAUAGACAACUCUCUCUGUCUAAAGGAAACAGAAGGUUUACUGUUACACUUCAUGUCCAACCAUAUCCUGACCAUCCAGACAGAUUUACUAACUGGUACAUGCUUUUGUGUAGAGAGGGUCUGUCUGGACGCUGUUACUGGGAGAUGGAGUACAGUGGGUUCCAGGUUUAUAUAUCAGUCUCAUAUAAAGACAUCAGCAGGACAGAUGAUAGAUUUGGAUUCAAUAACAAGUCCUGGAGUUUAACGUGUUAUAAUGGUGGUUACUGUUUCAGACACAAUAAUGUUAAGACUAAAGUAUCAGGCCCUCAGUCCUCCAGAAUAGGAGUCUACCUGGAUCACAAGGCAGGUACUCUGUCCUUCUACAGCGUCUCUGACACAAUGACCCUCCUCCACAGAGUCCAGACCACAUUCACUCAGCCCCUCUAUCCUGGGAUUGGUUUUUAUAUUUAUAAUGACACUGUUGAACUGUGUAACCUAUAGUUGGUGUUCAGAUAGUAACAGAUGUUACACAGUACAAUAUUCAGACAGUGGAACUUCAACUGUUUUAAGUUUUUGAUCCCCUCUAUCCUGGGUUUAGUCUGUAAAUGUAGAGGUACUGUUGAGCUGUAAACUGUAGUAGGGAUCUCAGAUAAAGGACAUGUUGAUGGUCAUUGUAUCUGAUGCUUUAAUCUGCUCUGUUAAUAUUUACAAUAGGAUUUUUCUGACUGAUUUGAUCUUUAGGUAUUUCCAUCAUUAUUCAGUUGAUUCAGUACAUUCAUAAGGAAUGUUUCUUCAUGCAGACCUCAUAUAAUGUAUGUUUGACAUUCAGAACCAACCCUCCCACAGCGACAUGUUGGUGUCCCCAUCUAGGACUUUUCCACUCAGAUCUCCCCAAUGAUGCCAGGGAUUUGCAAGUCAAUGGGAGAAAUAUUUGUCACACUUUGCCCCCCUCCUGUAGUUUGGACACUGGUUACGAGUGCAGAAAACCACUUUCUUGCGUCCACCUUUAUGGAAGUAUAUAGUUAACUUAAUUCAAAUGUUGUAGCAAUCCCACAUUGCGUUUUCAUUUUCCACUUUUGCCUGAAUUAUUUCAGUCA